UGGGGCGUCCUUCCCGCUCGCUUCUUGACUCGCGUUACUGCCGGCCGCCUCCCGCGCCUGGUGUCCGGGACGCGCCUGAACCUGCUACCUCCGAGCCUGGUGCGGCGCCUUGCGCUCCAGAAAGCUGCGGCGCGAGUCCGCGGGGCCGACCCCGGAGACGCAGCUGGGGCCGGGCGCGGCUUGGCGGGAGGGUCUGCAGCGCGGAGGGAGGCUGGAGCUUCUCACCGACGGGAGUGGGCUGCCAGUGCGUGAGGAAGAGAGCGAGAGACUGGAGAGGGGAGAGAGAGCAGCGUCGGAGCCGCGCAGGGGACUGGAGUGACAGCGGGAGCGGCGAAGGGCUGCCGUCGCCGGGCCCGGGUCUCAGGGCGCCUGGCCGAAGUGAGCAUGGCUUCAGUGGCCUGGGCCUUCCUCAAGGUGCUGCUGCUUCUCCCUACUCAGACUUGGAGCCCUGUAGGAGCGGGAAAUCCACCUGACUGUGAUGCCCCACUGGCCUCUGCCUUGCCUAGGUCAUCCUUCAGCAGCUCCUCAGAGCUGUCCAGCAGCCACGGCCCAGGGUUUUCAAGGCUUAAUCGAAGAGAUGGAGCUGGUGGCUGGACCCCACUUGUGUCAAAUAAAUACCAAUGGCUGCAAAUUGACCUUGGAGAGAGAAUGGAGGUCACUGCUGUCGCCACCCAAGGAGGAUAUGGGAGCUCUGACUGGGUGACCAGCUACCUCCUGAUGUUCAGUGAUGGCGGGAGAAACUGGAAGCAGUAUCGCCGAGAAGAAAGCAUCUGGGGUUUUCCAGGAAACACAAAUGCAGACAGUGUGGUGCACUACAGACUCCAGCCUCCCUUUGAAGCCAGGUUCCUGCGCUUUCUCCCUUUAGCCUGGAACCCCAGGGGCAGGAUUGGGAUGCGGAUCGAAGUGUACGGAUGUGCAUAUAAAUCUGAGGUGGUUUACUUUGAUGGACAAAGUGCUCUGCUGUACAGACUUGAUAAAAAACCUUUAAAACCAAUAAGAGACGUUAUUUCUUUGAAAUUUAAAGCCAUGCAGAGCAAUGGAAUUCUACUUCACAGAGAAGGACAACAUGGAAAUCACAUUACUCUGGAAUUAAUUAAAGGAAAGCUUGUCUUUUUUCUUAAUUCAGACAAUGCUAAGCUGCCUACCACUGUCGCUCCUGUGACCCUCACCCUGGGCAGCCUGCUGGAUGACCAGCACUGGCAUUCAGUCCUCAUCGAGCUCCUCGACACGCAGGUCAACUUCACCGUGGACAAACACACUCAUCAUUUCCAAGCAAAGGGAGAAUCCAGUUACUUGGAUCUUAAUUUUGAGAUCAGCUUUGGGGGAAUUCUGAGACCUGGAAGAGCACGGGCAUUCACACAUAAAAGCUUUCAUGGGUGUUUAGAAAAUCUUUAUUAUAAUGGAGUGGAUGUUACUGAAUCAGCCAAGAAACACAAACCACAGAUCCUCAUGAUGGGAAAUGUGUCCUUCUCGUGUCCACAGCCACAGACUGUCCCUGUGACUUUUCUGAGCUCCAGGAGUUACCUGGCUCUGCCAGGCAAAUCUGGGGAGAACGAAGUGUCUGUCACCUUUCAAUUUCGAACGUGGAACAGAGCAGGACAUUUGCUUUUCGGUGAACUUCGACGUGGUUCAGGGAGUUUCAUCCUCUUUCUUAAGGAUGGCAAGCUCAAACUGAGUCUCUUCCAGCUGGGACAGUCACCAAGGAAUGUCACAGCAGGUGCUGGAUUAAACGAUGGGCAGUGGCACUCUGUGUCCUUAUCUGCUAAGUGGAACCAUAUGAAUGUGGUGGUGGACGAUGACACAGCUGUUCAGCCCCUGGUGGCUGUGCUCAUUGAUUCAGGUGACACCUAUUAUUUUGGAGGCUGCCUGGACAACAGCUCUGGCUCUGGAUGUAAAAGCCCCCUGGGAGGGUUUCAGGGCUGCCUGAGGCUCAUCACCAUUGGUGACAAAGCGGUGGAUCCCAUCUUAGUACAGCAGGGGGCGCUGGGGAGUUUCAGGGACCUCCAGAUAGACUCCUGUGGCAUCAAAGACAGGUGCUUGCCCAGCUACUGUGAGCAUGGGGGCGAGUGUUCCCAGUCGUGGGACACCUUCUCCUGUGACUGUCUGGGCACAGGCUAUACGGGCGAGACCUGCCAUUCCUCUGUCUACGAGCAGUCUUGUGAAGCCCACAAGCACCGAGGGAACCCGUCUGGGCUUUACUAUAUUGAUGCAGAUGGAAGUGGCCCCCUGGGACCAUUUCUUGUGUACUGCAAUAUGACAGCAGACGCUGCGUGGACCGUGGUGCGGCACGGUGGCCCCGACGCGGUGACCGUCCGAGGUGCCCCCAGCGGGCACCCGAGCUCGGCUGCGUCCUUCGCGUACGCAGCGGGCGCGGGGCAGCUGCGGGCCGUGGUGAGCUUGGCGGAGCGCUGCGAGCAGCGGCUGGCUCUGCGCUGCGGAACGGCACCGCGCCCGGACCCACGAGAUGGAACCCCACUGAGCUGGUGGGUUGGAAGAACCAAUGAAACACACACUUACUGGGGAGGUUCUCUGCCUGAUGCUCAAAAGUGUACUUGUGGAUUAGAGGGGAACUGCAUUGAUUCUCAGUAUUACUGCAACUGUGAUGCUGGCCGGAAUGAAUGGACUAGUGACACAAUAGUCCUUUCCCAAAAGGAGCACCUGCCAGUCACUCAGAUUGUGAUGACAGACACAGGCCGACCACAUUCUGAAGCAGCUUAUACACUGGGGCCACUGCUCUGCCGCGGAGACAAGUCAUUUUGGAAUUCAGCUUCCUUCAACACUGAGACUUCAUACCUUCAUUUCCCUGCUUUCCACGGAGAACUCACUGCUGACGUGUGUUUCUUUUUUAAGACCACAGUUUCCUCCGGGGUGUUUAUGGAGAACCUGGGGAUCACAGACUUCAUCAGGAUUGAGCUGCGGGCUCCCACAGAAGUGACCUUUUCCUUUGAUGUGGGGAAUGGACCUCGUGAGGUCACGGUGCAGUCACCCACUCCCUUUAAUGACAGUCAGUGGCACCACGUGAGGGCAGAGAGAAAUGUUAAAGGAGCAUCUCUUCAAGUUGAUCAGCUUCCUCGGAAGAUGCAGCCUGCCCCUGCCGAUGGGCACGUUCGUUUACAGCUCAACAGCCAGCUCUUCAUUGGUGGAACGGCCACCAGACAGAGAGGCUUUCUAGGAUGCAUUCGGUCUCUGCAGUUGAACGGGGUGGCCCUGGAUCUGGAAGAAAGAGCCACAGUGACGCCAGGAGUGGAGCCAGGGUGUGCAGGACACUGCAGCACCUAUGGACACUUGUGUCACAAUGGAGGGAGAUGCAGAGAGAAACGCAGAGGGGUCACCUGUGACUGUGCCUUCUCAGCAUAUGAUGGGCCGUUCUGCUCCAAUGAGAUUUCCGCGUAUUUUGCAACUGGCUCCUCAGUGACAUACCAUUUUCAAGAACAUUACACUUUAAGUGAAAACUCCAGCUCCCUCGUUUCUUCAUUACACAGAGAUGUAGCACUGACCAGAGAGGUGAUCACACUGAGCUUCCGAACCACACGAACUCCGAGCUUGUUGCUGUAUGUGAGCUCUUUCUAUGAGGAAUACCUUUCAGUUAUCCUCGCCAACAAUGGAAGUUUGCAGAUUAGGUACAAGCUAGAUAGACAUCAAAAUCCUGAUGCAUUUACCUUUGGUUUUAAAAACAUGGCUGAUGGGCAACUUCACCAAGUGAAGAUUAACAGAGAAGCAGCUGCAGUCAUGGUAGAGGUCAACCAGAGUGCAAAGAAACAAGUCAUCUUGUCCUCAGGGACAGAAUUCAAUGCCGUCAAAUCUCUCAUAUUGGGAAAGGUUUUAGAGGCUGCCGGCGCGGACCCGGACACAAGGCGGGCGGCGGCGAGUGGCUUCACUGGCUGCCUCUCGGCGGUGCGCUUCGGCCGCGCUGCUCCCCUGAAGGCGGCGCUGCGCCCCAGCGGCCCCUCCCGGGUCACCGUCCGCGGCCACGUGGCCCCUAUGGCCCGCUGCGCGGCGGGGGCGGCGUCCGGCUCCCCGGCGCGGGAACUGGCUCCCCGACUCGCGGGGGGCGCAGGUCGUUCUGGACUAGCGGAUGAGGGAGAGCCCUUGGUUAAUGCAGACAGAAGAGACUCUGCUGUCAUCGGAGGUGUGAUAGCAGUGGUAAUAUUUAUUUUGCUUUGCAUUACUGCCAUAGCCAUACGCAUCUAUCAACAGAGAAAGUUACGCAAAGAAAAUGAGUCAAAGUCUCAAAAAAAGAAGAGUGCUAAGACAGCUCUAAACAGUGAGCUCGAUGUGCAAAAAGUCCAUGAAAACCAGAAAGAGCGAGACUUCUGAUUGGCAGCUGUGGCUGUCUCUAUCACCAUGACUGUGGACUUCCCUGCUGUUGCCAUCAGGGUGCACACAGCAGGUGCAGUGCUGUCACCUGGCUGAAGACCUGCAGCCUCGGAGCCUCUGGGAGGUCCCUUUCUCCCUCGGUGAAACACGGUCCUCCACAUCAAUUUCCAAACGAUGAAUUAGGUAUGGCAGUUCAUCACUGUUCAGUAGUUUCCCCGUCCAAAGGCUCUCUUCCAAAACUGCAGUUUGAUCUGUGUUAAUAAUUGUGGGGUUUUAGAUGAGAAAAUGACUAUAAAGCUGUGGCCCUACUUUACUUUUUAAAAAUGACAGAACUUUUGUUCAGAUGUAAAAGACAAAAUUGCACUUUAAUGUUUUUUGUUACUUGAAAACAUAUCUGGGAUCCUUUUUUUUGGUCUGCUGCUGAUAUUUAUAAAACAGGAAAUGCUUCUUAGACUACCUUCACUGGCAUCUCCAUAGUCCUGGAAUCCAGAGCCAAGUGGCCUACCCAAAAUUCACAGCCCUUUUGUUCCCCUGUGUGAUGGUUAAUAAAAUGCAGUAGAAGCCCGGAAAUACUACCAUUAUUUUUGGUGUAUUGCUUUUUCUAAUUGACUGUUUUUAAUGAUUUUGAUACAUUUUAAUGUUGAAAUUAAUAUUGAAUGUUAGCUAUGAAAUUUUAGUAUUGAAUUUUGUAAUGGAACAGAACAUUGGUAGGUAACAAGAUGCAAGAGGAUGUCAAUACAAGACUGUCUGCCUGUUUUUCUUUGUAAUUUGUAAUUACAGUUUUUAUAAAUUGUGAUUAUGUUUUUAACUAAAUUUACAACCAGAUACAAACACUACUUCUUACACAGAGUUAUCCUUUAUUUAUAUCAUUAAUACCUGAAUGAAACAUCAUUCUAAACUUAUUUCCUCAAAAUAUUGAGAGGUCAUAUCUGUUUUUCUUUAUCAUUCAUUUCUCUUCUUCUAAAGUUGUUACUGAUAUGCUUUUGAUUUCCUAUGACUCUAUUAGGUUGUACAGAACAUCUUUUCAAUUUAUUAAAAAAAUAGCUUAACUGAAGAUCACUAAUUCCUUUUCUAAAUUUUGAACUGCUCUAGGCAUAAAUAUCAUUGUAUAUUAUCCUCUCAUGUAAUCACUUUUGGAAUGUAAACUGAAGGCUGUUCACUCCAAGAAAAGUUAGCAUUUAUAUGAUGUUUAUUAAAUCUGCCAUUCUGAUCACAGGUUUAUGACCCUGGGGCCAAAUUCCCAUAGAUUACCCAAAAUUGAAUAUGUGCUAUUAACUGGAACAUGUCUCAUUAAGGUUUACAUACACACUAAGACAGCAAAGGACUGGAAUUAACUUUAUGGAGACAGUUCCAGGGACUAAUAUUGAAGCAGUGGUUAUUUGAUAAGGCAUGGAACCACCAUUUGGAUUCAAUAAACCAAUUAUAGAAAAGCAAUGAUGCUACACUCUUCAUAUUCCAGAUACCAACUGCCUACCAAGGACUAAUGAGAUGGUAUAUUUCUUCCACAUCAGGGCAAGUUGAAAAUAUAUUGAUUCAGCGUUACUGUUACAUAAAUGAAUUUCCAUCUUCUCAUAUGUGUUAUUUUUGAAAGAAUGAAUACACUCUCUGUCUUAAAUCCGCUCUUAACAAAUGAUCUCUUCUCAGAAUACUACAUCUGUAUUGAGAGUACAUACAGCCCAUUGGUCACUGCACUUUUUGCAAGAUAGCAAAACGGAUGCAUCAAAUUGCGUUGAUACAUCAUCACCAUCAAUCUUUUGUACUGAUUUUUAGACUUAAUCUUCUUCUUUGAAAGUAAACUCAUUUUUAAAUAAAAUAAAAAAUAUUUUAGGGAAAGCUGUAUAAAAUUAAAAUUACAAAAUUACAUGCUUUUUAAAAUUUAUGCAAAAAUGUGCAGACAAAUGUAUUCUGUAUUGGUUUAUGCAUUACUUUACCCUUCUUGUAUAUUUUGAGAUUAUUAAGAUUUGUUGACCUUUUUUGGUUUGAUAUUUAUCAUCUGUUAAAUGCAAAGUGCAAGAAAAAGAGAUAAAUAUCUACUGAUUGCUAGAUGUAAAAAUAUCUAUGAAUGUAUAUAUUUAAACUUCUGCCAGAGAGCAACCAUCUAACAGUCAACUUACUAAAAUCUAAAUUGAGUACUUUUUAUUGUUGCAGAGAACUAAGUCACUAAACGUUAUUUAGAUAUGUAGAUGCUAGUUGCAAGUAACACCCUUUUGUAAUAUAAAAGUAAAAGCAUAAUAAUUUCCCAAAUUUUGUCUUCAAAUUAAAAAAGAAAAUAACAUAUAAUUACCAUUCUUCAUUUGAGAAAGUUGAUUCUGAUGCUUAAAAACUUCAAAAUUCUGAUAUUAAAAAUAGAGUUGUUAAUGUGACUUUGAAGGCUUAUCUCUGUAAAAUAGUGACACUGGUGAUUGGUAUUAUCUCAAUAUUUUUGUCCAAAUUCACCUUAGGAAAUCACUGUAAAUCUUCAUUGUUUCCUAAAAGUCAUUAUUAUGGCAUAAACUUAACAUCUUUGAUAGUAGUUAGUACUGAUACAUGAUAUAUUCUACCCCGUGUCUCUAUUACUCUGUCUCUAUUACUGUGAAAAGUCACAGUAAAUUUAACAUAUUUUCAUCCAGACUGUGUGUGAUCUUUCAUUGUAAUAGAGACAUGGAGUAGAAUAAGUCAUGUAUUAACAUAUAAGAUUUUUUUUAAUCUGCUCCCUCAGUUUUAUAGAUGAGACAAAGAUAAGGUUGUAAGAGUUAAUAUCUUCAAGUAGGCAGUACUAAUAAGUUGUCAUGCUUGGACUGAACUCCUGACACUUCUCUCUCUUAACUUCAAUCCAUAGAGAAGCCACCUUCCUGCCUUCCCAGUAUUAUUUAGCAGAGGAGAAAAUCAUAUUAGGCUGUUUGAUAUUCUGUUUGCCUAGACUGACCAGUAAUUCUGGAUCUUUGUUCACAUCUUCUCUGAAAGAAUAUUUGAUGGGAAAUUAUUUUUUAUUUUUUAAUUUUUGUGUACAUACUAGGUGUAUAUAUUUAUGGAGUACAUGAAAUGUUUUGAUACAGGCAUGCACUGUGAAAUAAGCACAUCAUGGAGAAUGGGGUAUCCAUCCCCUCAACAUUUAUCCUUUGUGUUACAAACAACCUAAUUACACUCUUUAUUUUAAACUAUGCAGUUCAGUUUUUAUUGACUAUAGUCACCCUGUUGUGCUAUCAUAUAGUAAGUCUUACUCAUUCUUUCUAUUUUUUUGGACCCAUUAACCUAUCCCCGCCUCUGCCCCACCAUAAUCUCAGCUGUCUACUACUUUUUUCAGCCUUUACUAACCAUCCUUCUACUCUGUAUAUCCAUGAGUUCCAUUGUUUUGAUUUUUAGAUCCCACAAAUAAAUGAGAACAUGCAAUGUUUGUCUUUCUAUGCCUGGCCUAUUUCACUUAACAUAAUGACCUCCAGUUCCAUCCAUGCUGUUGCAAGUGACAGGAUCUCAUUCUCUUUUAUGGCUGAAGAGUACUCCAUUUUGUAUGUGAACCACAUUUUCUUCAUUCAUCUGUUGAUGAACACUUAGGGUGUUUCCAAAUCUUAGCUGUUAUAAACAGUAUUGCAACAAAUAAAAGAUUGCAGAUGGAAAAUUGA